AUGAUACAAUGCCCAACAUGCGGUUCUGAAACUUUCUGCGGUUCGUCUGAAUUAUACAUCCCUGAGACGCCCUCCUUCCUUGAACCGGAUCACCUUAAGAAAUUGACGGACCAAAUUGCUGCGAAGGCAAGAAGAUCAAAUUCACUAGCAGAGAAGCUCGAAGAGGCAGCGGUAUCGGCUCGCAGGGAGUCAGAUCGUUGGCAAGCGGUUCUAAAAUCAUACCAAAAUCAUUCAUCGCCAGUUUUUCGUCUACCGACAGAAGUUUUGGCUCUCAUCUUUGAACGCUGCCUGGAACAAGACAGCGCAGGGCAUGUGUUUUCGCGUCGUUCUGUGCCGUGGAAACUGGCCCAGACUUGUCGCCGUUGGCGUUCAACAGUCCUAACGACGCCGUCGUUGUGGAAUGUUGUUCGACUGGACAUCAAUCGUGCAGCUCAGCGUCCCGAAUCGGUGAAAAUUCUGCAAAUUUGGUUGGAAAGGUCGCAAACACUUCCUAUAUCGUGCUUGAUUAUACUGGGCGACUCGUCAUUGAAGGAGUUUGACCUGGAGGUCAUUGAUACUCUUCUCUUGCAUUCGAUGCGUUGGGCCCAUAUCGAUCUCGAUUUCCGACACCACGGCGAUCUUUACCAUCGCCUGGUAACCUCAGAUAUGAAUCUUCCGCUACUUGUGUCACUUCGAAUGCGUGCCAAGAUAUCGACCCAACACCCGGAUUUUCCAAACGAUUGGUGUCAUUUACCCAACAGGUGGAUUGCUCCGAGGCUGACGGAGGUUUCCAUCUCUCUCCUCAAUCGACAGAGUUUCAUGCCAAUCUUCAUCAUACCCUGGCCACAACUCACCGAACUCAGCUGGACUACCUCGCCAAAAGCAUUUCUGAAAAUCGGGUCGACCUUCUCACAUCUACAAUACUGCGUGAUAUACUUCGAUUUCCAUCAUCCCGCUGCCAUUCUACCGAUUCCGAAAUGCACCCUCCCUAGACUCCGUUGCCUUCACCUUUCCGGAACUUUCUCGAGUGUCUUCUCGUUUAUCAACCACAUCUCGGUCCCAGUCCUGGAAGAUCUCUCCUUGGAUUUUUGGGAACAAAUCAGUCCAGUGUCGCGCCACCUCUUAUCGGCUUUAUCCAGGCUUCGCACACGGAGUUCUUUUGAACUGAAAUACUUAUCAGUGCCUCUCGCGAUCUUCGACUGUCCGGAUGCCCCUACACUUCUAGAAAACUUCGGGAAUAUUCGAGAACUCGGUCUUAUUAUGAAUACAGAGGAGAGCUACGAUCAGGCACUUCCCCACUUCUUGCAUUUACGUGUGCUUCGAAACUUGGAAAUAUUACAUCUGACGUUUCGCGGAGAACCUGAAAACGGCAGGUUGUUUACGGAUAUCUUGGACCUAGUGGAAACCAGACGCCGACCGACUGCUGAACCCUCAACGCCUUGUACUACACUGAAAAUGUUGUCAGUGAAAAUUCUCAAAUAUCCUUACUUCUCAACACACCAUGAACUUGUCCAUCUCGAGCCCUUCAGACGACUUCUGAGAUUACAGAAAGAUGGGCUCGUUUUACUAGGCCAUGUAGUCGAAGGAAGGUGGCAUACGAGUUAUCGAGAUACGCGUUGGAACCCUGGAGAUGUGACAAGAGCAGAGCGGCGAUGGCAUAGGUUCGGUCGUACCGAUUGGUUGUUCAAGCCUGAAUUCGAGGAUUAUCGAUGUUGUUGCCAUGGGUUGACUACGCACUUUUCACAAUUCUUGGAUGACCACCCACUAAGUAAAAAGUCUUUGAAUUAUAUACAGCGUAAUCCAGGUAAGUACAAGUACAGCAUAGGGAAGAAUUGA